AACAUUCGCUCUCAGCCCAUCAACAUCAUACCUUCAAAAGCCUUCUACCUCACAAAUGCGCAUUAAUCUUCCUGAAACUGCAGUAAUUAGUGACCGAUUUGGUGUUUCGGAAAGAGCAACCGCUGCAAUUGCGACGUCAGUUCUGAAAGACCUACAAAUCGUUACUGAUACAGACUUGACUUUUGUUAUAGAUAAUAAUAAAAUCAGAAGGGAGAAAUCUAAAAUCAGAAAAGCCUUGCAACAGGAACCUAAAACUAUGUCCGAAGCCCUUACAUCCCUUUAUUUUGAUGGGAGAAAAGAUGAGACCUUAUACCAAGAGGAAGUAGGCUCCAAGCGUUAUCGCAAAACACGCAAGGAAGAACAUGUCUCUAUUAUAAUGCAACCUGGUUCUCAAUAUAUAACUCAUGUAACGCCUAUUUCUGGUACAAGCAAAGGUAUCACUGAAAGUAUGAUAUCUCACUUAAAAGAAAUGGAAUUUGAUUUUAGUGAACUUCUCCUAGUUGGUUGUGAUGGCACAGCAACUAAUACAGGCUGGAGAGGUGGUAUUAUUAGGCGUAUUGAAUUAUACUUGAACAGACCAAUUCAGUGGAAUAUAUGCUUGCUUCAUGCAAAUGAAUUACCUUUGCGACACGUAUUUCAACAUUUUGAUGGAAAAACAAGUGGACCGAAUUCAUUUUCAGGUACAAUCGGAAAACAACUUCAGGGCGUUGAACACUUGCCUGUUGUUAAUUUCAAUAAAAUUGAGUGUGAUUUAGUACAAGUCACAUGCAGAGACAAUUUGAGUAAAGAUCAAAAAUAUCUUUACGACAUUGGGCAAGCUAUUCAUUUAGGUAAUUGUUCAUCUGAUCUGUCUCUGCGAGAUCCAGGAAAACUCUCCCACGCGCGUUGGCUCACUCUAGGAAACAGAACGUUGAGAUUAUACAUAUCAAGUGAAGACCCUUCUGAAAACUUAGUUCACAUAGUUACAUUUAUAAUGAAAGUGUAUUUACCUAUGUGGUUUCAAAUAAAACUGAACGAUUCAAUUGCAGAUGGUGCGAGACAUGUCUUCACUAUGAUUAAAAAUUCUCGGUACUUACCAGAACAUCUUCUGAGAGUAGUUGAUCCUGUGAUACAACACAAUGCUUAUUUCGCGCAUCCUGAAAAUUUGCUUUUAUCUAUGGUCACAGAUGAAAAUCGGAAUGUACGUAAGAUUGGGGUACAAAGGAUUUUAAAAGCCAAAGAGACAACUUCUACUGCGAAGAAUUCGGUGCGCUCAUUCAUUUUGCCAAAACUGAAUUUUAAUGCCACUAAUUACUAUGAAAUGAUCGACUGGUCUUCUACAAUACUAUCACCUCCUCCAGUACUAAGAAAUGUCUUAAAUGCAGAUCUGUUAUCUUCCAUUGAUAACCAACCAUCUAUCUCUCAAUGGAACUUGUCAAGCUUUCCAUGCCACACUCAAGCGAACUGUUAAGCUUGUCACUGAAGCGUCGAACAAGUUUGCCUAAAUUUGAUCACAAAUCCCAGUUUGUAAUUAACGCAUAAAGAGAGUUCACUGUACAAAUCUUCACGAUCGUAAAUUUUUUUAAUGAUAGUA